AUGAAUGCUUCACCUCCCUGUCUGCAAGCCACUCGCUGGAUUUUUUCGCUCCUGGCUGCCGCCGCUGGUCGAGCUGAUCCCAAGUCUGAACCAGAGACCAAGCCAAAGCCCAGCGACGCGAAGGAGGAAGCCGUAUCGCGACGCCACGAAGAAAUCAGGUGUCGCGAGCUCAUUCGACUGAGCGGUGCAGCGACGGGAUCUCUUGGGCGGCUUCGCUUGAAGCGCGGCAAAAACGCCGGAAGCGCGCCACGCUGGACAACGAUCUCGUCGUCAAGUCCAGCGCAGCACUACGAAGACGAGCAGCUCCAGGCCGAGCGACCUUGAACGGUGGCUUCAUAUAGGCCGGCAAGGCCUGCAGCCCACGUUGGCACAUGGGAUAUCAUCGCGAAGCCGCCAGAUCAUGUUCGAUCACGACGCCGCGUCCAUCUCACCGCGACCCGACCUUGAACCAACCCGGCUUCUAUAGUACACGAUAUCGGUGAUCGCAGGCUCCUACUCCUCUCGCAGGUCACCACUCAAUACAAUUCCCCUUUCAACUAGUCUUUUGUAGCUAUAUAAUAUAACAGACCUAUUCGUUUUCGCAGAGA